AUGGUUCUCCUCUUACGCGAGGAGAAUGAGAUGAAAGCAGAAGCGCGAGCUGACGUAGACCGACGCCGUCUAGAUGAAGAGGCUACUCGUGAAGAGGGAUACCACGCAGAGAAGAAAGAGACUGAGGAACGCCGCAGUCAGGACAAUCUUGAAAGAGAAGAGCGCGCUCGGCGACAGAGAAGAUGCUCGAGCUCGUACACAGGAAUUGGCGAUUUCGCUAGAUACCUUGACAAAGUCAGCCUGGAUCGACAUCUUGGAAGGUGUGGGCGUCUGUGUGAGCCACCGCCACGACCACGACGGACCCGCACGCCUACCUCAAAGCUGUAA